AUGGCUGUUCCCACACAGUUGGCUUACCGCUCCGCCAAGGGCAUCGGGCUCUUCAACGCUGCUCCAGCGUAUGAGGCUCUCCCAGGAUUCGUGCGCCCAGAGGGAAACCUUCGUUGCUGCUGCUAUUCGCCAGAUAGCAAGUACUUUGCCUGGGCUACACCCGAACAGGUUUCGGUCAUUGAUGCCUCGGCCGGCCACAUCAUUACUAUCCUUCCCACACCGAACGUGUACGAACUCGGCUUCUCUCCGCUAGGAACCUAUCUCAUAACCUGGCAGCGUCCGUCCAAGGACGACGAUGGGAACGCGGUCAAGAACCUCAGGGUCUGGAAGACGCUCUCUGACGAAGCCGAGGACGAUGGAUCCAGGGCCGUCAUUGGCGAAUACGUGCAGAAGAACCAAAAUGGAUGGAAUCUGCAGUACACGUCCGACGAGAAGUUCUGUGCACGCGUUGUAACAAACGAAGUGCAGGUCUUCCAGUCCAACGACUUGCGCAAUCCCUGGAACAAACUCCGCGUCGAGGGCGUAACCGACAUGGCUCUCUCGCCUGGCAAGAACCAUUCAGUUGCCGUUUUUAUACCGGAGCGCAAGGGCAUGCCCGCUGCCGUCAAGGUCUUCCAGGUACCUCAGUUCAGCCAGCCCGUGUCGCAGAAGACCUUCUUCAAGGGGGACAAGGUCCAGCUGAAGUGGAACGAUCUCGGCACCAGUCUCAUUGUUUUGGCCCAGACCGAGGUCGACAAGACAAACAAGAGUUACUAUGGCGAGACCAAUAUGUACAUUCUUAGCGCCAACGGCACCUUUGAUUCGAGGAUUCAGCUCGACAAGGAGGGCCCCAUUCACGACGUCUCCUGGUCGCCCAAUUCGAAAGAGUUUGGUGUCACUUACGGAUACAUGCCUGCCAAGACUACCAUCUUCAACCAGCGCGCCGUCGCCCAACAUAGCUUUGACCUCGGCCCCCGCAACACUAUCUUGUUCAGCCCCCACGGGCGCUUUGUCAUUGUGGCUGGCUUUGGCAAUUUAGCUGGAGAUAUGGACAUCUACGACCUCGAGAGGAACUUUGCCAAAGUUUGUCAUGUCAAGACUUCCAACUCUACAUACUGCGAGUGGAGCCCAGACGGGCAGCAUAUUCUUACAGCAACCACUAGCCCACGUCUUCGUGUUGAUAAUGGCAUCCGCAUCUAUCAUGUUAGCGGUAGUCUGAUGUAUAACGAGGACAUGGCUGAACUCUACCAUGUUGUGUGGCGACCUCAGCCCACCUCCAUGUUCCCGCUCACGGACCCCUUGACUACUGUACCAGCCCCUCACCCUUCGGCACUCGCAUAUUUGAGCACUCAGAAGACACCGUCCAAGCCUGCCGGCGCUUACCGACCCCCUGGCGCGCGCGGAACAGCUACUCCGUUGCACUUUAAACGGGAAGAUGAGGGGGGUGUGGCAUACACAAACACAGGAGUUUCCUCCACGAACGUUGGCUUUGCCAAUGGAUUUGGAAAGCCGCGUCGCCGCGAGGUGCCUGGCGCAGAAGCUGCUGAGCUCCCACCUGGCGCAGCCCCUGGCGGUGGCGUUAGUCUUACUGGUGCUCAAGAUGGCGACGGUGAGCUUUCCAAGGCCGCUUUGAAGAACAAGAAGAAGCGCGAGGCGAAAAAGGCCCGUGAAGCUGCUGACAAGGCUGCGGGCUUGGGCACCGAGGGAGCCAACCCACCGAAUGGAGCCAACGGUCGCAGCCCAGAGCGUCGCCAGCGCAGUCGUAGCAAGAGCGGCUAUGAACAACAUUCGCGAAGUGCUAGCCAGCAACGCAACUUUGGCAAUAGCCCGAACCGUGAAGCGCGUGAGGCUAGACAGGAGGGAAACCCGCGACAAAAUCUGCGCCAGCAGCGUGUAGGCCAACAGGCCCAGGCUCAGCCCCAGGCUCCUCCUCCUAUCCAGACAGAAAACCAGGGCCCUCCGCCUGACCUGACCGUUACCAGCCCUGGUGAUGGCAACCCCCAAGACAAGAAGAUUCGGGGUCUGCUCAAGAAAAUGCGGGCCAUUGACGAAUUGAAGAUGAGACAGGCCUCAGGUGAGAAGCUUGAAGACACUCAGGUGAAGAAGAUUAGCACGGAGACACAGAUCAAGAAGGAGCUGCAAGGUUUGGGUUACCGGGAGUAG